GUGAGCACUUCCCCUCGAACACCCAUCAUCAUCGUCUACAAUCAAUGGGUUGGCAAAAGACCUUCUCACUCUCCAGGCGCUCGAAGGGCUGCCAUCUAGUUACUAGCGAAGUACAAGCACAAAUCAAAGAUGGUCUCAAGGACGUCAAGGUCGGCAUGUUGUACUUGUUCAUCAAGCAUACGUCGUGUGGCCUGACAUUGAAUGAGAACUACGAUCCCGAUGUCAGGACAGACAUGGACAUGGCUCUCGACCAUGUCGUCCCUGAAUCUCUCAACUGGGUGCACACAGAUGAAGGCCCCGAUGACUCCGUUUCGCACACCAAGUCCGCGUUGAUUGGGACUACCGUCACCGUACCAAUCACGGACGGGCGCCUCAACCUUGGUACUUGGCAGGGCAUUUAUUUGUGCGAAUUCCGCCACAUGCCACAUACGAGAACCGUUGUGGCGACUAUUUUGUCGUGAGGCGGGAGAAUCUCUGCCAAUUCUUCCAGGAGGGCACGGAAGGCAGGAUCGGCGGGAUAAUGACGCUGAAGAAGCAAAUGCAUGUAAUGUGGGGGAGACAGGCGAAUGGCCGGGGCGGAAGGCGGUGUAUUUCGAGGCGGCGUAUGCAAUUAUUGGCUUUUCCAUGAGUGCCUA